AUGUACAAGCAGUUCUCACCGGAUAUAAUGUUUUUAAUGGAGACAAAGAACUCGGAUGCUGUCACUCUAAAGGCAGUCGAGGGUCUUAACUUUGCUUGCAGGCAUUUGGUUCCCCCCCAAGGCCAUGGUGGUGGAGGUCUAGCCUUAUUGUGGAAGCAGGAUGUUGAUAUUGAGAUUCUCGUGUCAGGCAGUAACUUUGUGGAUACUAAGGUUUUGGUUAAAGGAAAAAGCUUUUAUGCGACGUUUGUGUAUGGUGACCCGGACCAUAUUAAAAGGAGAAGGGUUUGGGAAGCAUUAAAGAUGAUAGCAGAGUCAAGGGAGGAAGCUUGGUUCCUCUAUUGUGAUUUUAAUGAUAUAGUGGAUAGUUCAGAGAAGAGUGGAGGCCCAUCGCGACCAGAAGGCUCUUUUGUGGAUUUCAGAUCCUUUCUAGCUGAGUGUGAUUUGUAUGAUCUUCGUCAUACGGGUAACUUCCUGUCUUGGAGAGGAAAUAGGCACUCUCAUUUAGUGUUUUGCCGGUUGGACAGAGCUUUGAGUAACAGUUCUUGGGCCACGAUGUUUCCUAAUGGGCGUGUUGAAUAUUUGCGGUUCGAGGGAUCAGAUCACCGUCCCAUUCUUAUCCAUUUUGCGCUCACUAGACAGAAACGACGAGGGAUGUUCAGGUAUGAUCGUAGGCUCAAAGAUAAUGAGGAGGUGAAACAACUGGUGGCUUCGACUUGGCUGACGAGGGAUAAUACUUCUGUCCAGACCCGUAUUGCAAAUUGCAGAAGGGCUCUUGUCAAAUGGAACAAAGAAAAGCAUAGAAAUAGCCAGUUAGCUAUUAAGAGGCACCAGUAUGACCUGGAAAAGGCUAUGACUAAUCCUAUACAGGAUGAGGUGUUGCUAUCAAGAAUCAAUGAAACACUCAAGGCUGCUUACAAAGAUGAGGAGAGUUUCUGGAAGCAACGGAGUAGGCAAUUAUGGCUUAGCCUAGGGGAUCAAAACACAUGUUAUUUUCACGCAGCAACAAGAGGGAGGAAAGCUAUCAAUAACCUGGAGGAGGAUCCAGAUCUGGAGAACACAAUUGAGGAAGCAUUAUCCCCCCGUAUUUCGGAGGAGGUUAACCAACGUCUAAUUGCGGUUCCUUCUACAAAGGAGAUAAGAGAUGCGGUUUUUGACAUCCACCCGGGUAAGGCUCCGGGACCCGACGGGUUCUCCGCCUGUUUCUUUCAUUCGAACUGGGAGGCAGUGGGACCAGCCAUAGUUGCAGAAAUCCAGGAAUUCUUUGUCUCUGGAGUCAUGCCUUAUAAUCUGAAUGAAACAUACAUCAGACUUAUCCCCAAAGGUCAAGGCGCAAAAAAGGUAGCAGAUUUUAGGCCUAUAGCUCUCUGUAAUGUUUACUAUAAGGCCAUUUCCAAGUUACUCGCUCGAAGAUUGCAACCAGUGUUGGCUAGUCUAGUGUCUGAGAAUCAAUCGGCGUUCAUUCCUGGUAGAGCAAUCUCGGACAACGUGCUGAUUACGCACGAGAUGCUGCAUUUUUUGAAGACUUCAGGGGCUGAGGUUCAUUGUGCCAUGGCGGUUAAGUCAGAUAUGAGCAAAGCCUACGACAGGGUGGAAUGGUGCUUCGUACAGAAGGUUCUCAAGAGGCUUGGUUUUCAUCCUCUAUGGAUAAAGUGGGUCAUGCAGUGUAUUACCACUGUUUCUUAUUCCUUCCUUGUGAAUGAUACGCCUAGAGGAAAAGUUAAACCUUUGAGAGGAAUUCGACAAGGCGACCCGUUAUCACCCUACAUAUUCAUUCUGUGUAGUGAAGUUUUGUCAGGGUUAUGCAAUAAAGCUCAAAGAACUGGUCAGUUCCCAGGAUUUCGAGUAGCAAGAGGCAGUCCAAAGAUAAACCACUUGCUGUUUGCCGACGACACAAUGUUUUUCACCAAAAGCAGUGAGAAGGCCUGUUUAGCUCUGAUGAAGAUCUUGGGAAAUGAAGUUUUGUCAGGGUUAUGCAAUAAAGCUCAAAGAACUGGUCAGUUCCCAGGAUUUCGAGUAGCAAGAGGCAGUCCAAAGAUAAACCACUUGCUGUUUGCCGACGACACAAUGUUUUUCACCAAAAGCAGUGAGAAGGCCUGUUUAGCUCUGAUGAAGAUCUUGGGAAAGUAUGGAAGAGCCUCGGGUCAACAGAUAAAUGCAGCCAAGUCAUCUAUCUCUUUUUCCAAGAAAACUAGUGCUGAAAGAAGGGCUCGGGUGAAACAAAUCCUGGGAAUCUCUAAGGAGGGCGGUGUGGGGAAGUACUUAGGCCUUCCUGAACACUUUGGUAGAACAAAAAAGGAUCUAUUCUCGGCUAUUGUUGACAGAAUAAGACAAAGAGCCUUUUCGUUGUCCAAUAAGUUUCUGUCAUCUGCGGGCAAAUUGACUUUGCUUAAAAGCGUGUUGGCCGCUAUGCCCUCUUACGCAAUGUCGUGUUUCCAACUUCCAAAGUCCCUUUGCAAGCGUAUUCAGUCCGUCUUAACUCGAUUUUGGUGGGAUACUAAGGCAGAAAAGAAAGGAAUGUGCUGGAUUGCAUGGGAUAAGCUCACUCAUUCCAAACAGGAUGGAGGGUUAGGUUUGCGUGACUUGCAGGAUUUUAAUGCAGCUCUGUUGGGGAAAAUAGGGUGGAGAAUCCUGAACAAUCUGGAUUGUCUUCUUGCACGAGUUCUCCUUGGUAAGUACUGCACCACGACCUCGUUUCUAGAUAGCAAGUGCCCAAGCUCGGCUUCCCACGGAUGGCGUAGUAUCCUAGUAGGAAGAGAUUUGAUUAAGAAAAAGCUUGGCUGGGUGGUUGGAGAUGGUCAAGAUAUCAGGAUUUGGCAGGAUCCUUGGCUCUCAACUUCAAUGUUGACUCAACCAAUGGGCCCUGCUCCUAUGGGAUCUAAAGACUGGCGGGUUAAAGAUCUCUUUUUGACUAACUCCUUUGACUGGGAUGAAAGUCGGGUGCGGGAGGUGUUACCUGACUCUGCGCAUCUCAUCCUACCCAUCAAACCAAGUAGGUUAGGGGCUAGAGAUAGACAAGUGUGGGUUGGUAACCCUUCAGGAGAGUAUUCUACCAAAUCUGGUUAUUUUGUGGCCAGAAGCGAGUCAUGUUCUAUCCCGAUGGAUCCUCUCCUGAGCUCUGUUAAUUACAAAGCUGAAGUGUGGUCACUGCAUAUCUCUCCCAAGGUGAAAAUGUUUUUAUGGAAAGCUAUUCAUGGUGCUUUAGCUACUGGCGCUCAACUUCACUCCAGAGGCAUCCCGGCUGAGGAAAAGUGCAGCAUCUGCGGAAGGCCGGAGUCGGUGGUUCACCUGCUCUUUCAUUGCCCUUUUGCAGUGGAAGUGUGGAGAAAAGCCCCUUUUCAACCAUUCGAGAUCUGCCAGGUGAUUACCACUGUCAAGGACGGAUUGGUAUUGGUUAAUAACUUAAAAUUUAUUCCUCCUAUAGGUCUUACUUCAGGCCUACUAGCUCCCUGGAUUUGCUGGAGUUUAUGGAAAUCUCGAAACCAAAGGGUUUUCAACUCAUCUUCGAUUAGUGGGGAGGACACAUUGCUGCGAGCUAUCUUGGAUGCUAAAGAGUGGACAACAGAUGGGGCAUGGAGGCAGUCCACAAAGGAAGCAGGGAUUGGCUGGACUAUAACAAACCAUGUAGGGAUUACUUCUCACCACUCUGCGGUUUGUGAACACGUUUCAUCACCUCUUAUGGUGGAAGCUUUGGCCUGUAGAGCUGAUGUGCUGGAAGCAAUCAGGUUAGGAGGCGCUCACCUCUUGGUGGAAUCUGAUUGUCAACAACUGGUGGGGGCUAUCAAUGCCCGAUCAGUUUUGCUUGAAGUUCACGGAGUCCUUUCGAAUAUUCUUAUUGCUUCUUCAAGUCUAUCUUCCUUUGUAUGUCGUUUUAUUCCCAGAACUGCUAACUCUGUGGCAGAUUCUCUUGCGAAACAAUCUUUGUUGUUGGCGAACUCUUAUGCCGGUUAA